UUGCUGAUGCGAAGUGACACGGCCCCCUCCCUUGCCCUGCUAGGCCCCCUCCCUUGCCCUGCUAGGCCCCCUCCCUUGCCCUGCUAGGCCCGCACAGGGUGUUGCUUCGGUGCUGCCGGGGAAUGAAGGCGCAGGCACUGCCCUGCUAAGCUCAACGCGCUGCCCACUUGGGACUGAGGAGGUGCCGGCCAUUUGGCAUUCCCCCAUCACCCGCAGGAAACAUGUCGUUCUUUAAUUUCCGAAAGAUCUUCAAGCUCGGGGGAGACAAGAAGAAGAAGCAGUACGAGCAUGUCAAGCGGGACCAAAACCCCGAGGAGUAUUGGGAGAUUGUGGGGGAACUGGGGGAUGGAGCCUUUGGCAAAGUCUAUAAGGCCCAGAAUAAAGAGACUGGAAUUUUGGCAGCAGCAAAAGUCAUAGAUACAAAAUCGGAAGAUGAACUGGAGGAUUACAUGGUGGAGAUUGAUAUUUUGGCAUCAUGUGACCACCCGCAUAUUGUUAAGCUUUUGGAUGCUUUCUACUAUGAAAAUAACCUCUGGAUUCUCAUAGAAUUUUGUGCUGGAGGAGCAGUAGACGCUGUAAUGUUAGAGCUGGAGAGGGCACUAACAGAACCUCAAAUACGGGUUGUUUGUAAGCAGACACUGGAAGCAUUGGUAUAUCUGCAUGAAAGCAAGAUCAUUCAUCGAGAUCUAAAGGCAGGCAAUAUACUUCUUACAUUAGAUGGCGAUGUUAAACUGGCUGAUUUUGGUGUAUCGGCCAAAAAUACAAGGACGCUGCAGAGACGAGAUUCAUUUAUUGGUACCCCAUAUUGGAUGGCCCCUGAAGUGGUAAUGUGUGAGACUUCUAAGGACAGGCCUUAUGACUUCAAAGCUGAUGUUUGGUCCCUUGGUGUCACUUUAAUAGAAAUGGCCCAGAUAGAACCUCCUCACCAUGAGUUAAAUCCAAUGAGGGUGCUGUUAAAGAUUGCAAAAUCUGAACCCCCUACAUUAGCACAGCCAUCAAGAUGGUCACCAGAAUUCAAUGAUUACCUGAAGAAAUGUUUAGAGAAGAAUGUGGAUGCAAGGUGGACUACCACUCAGUUACUACAGCACCCGUUUGUCUCUGUGGUAAAUUCCAACAAGCCACUUCGAGAACUAAUAGCAGAGGCCAAAGCUGAAGUGUUGGAGGAAGUAGAAGAUGCUAAAGAGGAUGAGGAGGAAGAUGAAGGAGAAAGUUCUUUGCCUGUUCCAGAUAAAAGAGCUUCAUCAGACCUAAGCAUUGCUAGCUUAGAAGACGAUAAACUCUCUCAGAAUACCUCAACGUUAGAGCCUGUUUCUGAGCAAGUUGUGCCUACUGUAGUUGAAAAUCAAGUCAUAGAUCAAGAAAGUGAAGCAAAAGUAAAGAAGGAAGAAGGAGAUAAAAAAAUCAUUGUGGAUCAGGUCGGCAAAGAUGCUUCAGCGGAUCAGGUCGGCAAAGAUGCUUCAGCGGAUCAGGUCAGCAAAGAUGCUUCAGCGGAUCAGGUCGGCAAAGAUGCUUCAGCGGAUCAGGUCGGCAAAGAUGCUUCAGCGGAUCAGGUCGGCAAAGAUGCUUCAGCGGAUCAGGUCGGCAAAGAUGCUUCAGCGGAUCAGGUCGGCAAAGAUGCUUCAGCGGAUCAGGUCGGCAAAGAUGCUUCAGCGGAUCAGGUCGGCAAAGAUGCUUCAGCGGAUCAGGUCGGCAAAGGUGCUUCAGUGGAUCAAGUCGGUAAAGGUGCUUCAGCAGAUCAGGUCGGCAAAGAUGCUUCAGCAGAUCAAGUCGGUAAAGGUGCUUCAGCAGAUCAGGUCGGCAAAGAUGCUUCAGAAGUAGUUCAGGAAAUUCUCGUUGCUGAUAAGGCACUCAGUGAUGGUGAUAAUAGAAUUCAGGAUACUGUCAAGGAAAAGAAAGAAGAGAGUAAUAUCCCUGUUGUGGAACCAGCAAUUGAUAGCCAGAAAAAAGAGAGUGAAGACAUUUCUUUACUUCCAGAAGAAGGUACUGGAAAGACCAUUAUUGAAACUGAAAGUCAACAUAAAACUGAUCAAGCUGAUCCUUUAUUAGCAGAUGAUGUUCCUUCAGCAAUUGAUACACAGAAAGAAGGAAAACCAGAGAAUCUUAACAUCACCGAAAAUCUUGAAAAUCAGAGUGAUGAAGUUAGUGAGAACGGUUUUAUCAAAGAGUCUAUAGAAGUACAAAAUGAAAGGACAAAGAAUAUUCCUAAAGAAAAUGGUACAAUUGAGGUAGCACUUAAUGAAAUUGCUGAUUCAGAGGUGCAGAGCAACCAUGGUAUAACUUUUGGGAAUCCUGAAGAUGUUUUGGAAAAUGGUGAAAUGCCUAGUAAAGAUUCUCAUGGAAAUCAUAAGGGUUCUGAUCCAUUAAAUGAAGGUAUAUGCUCAGAUAAAAAGGAGGACAUAACAGUUGCAAGCACUGCUUUAGCCAAUGAAGUACUAGAACCAGCUGGUCAAAUAAAUGACGUUCUGCCUUCAGAAGGAGAUGCUCAAGUAAUGAACUCUGAGGAGUCUAAAGAAACAAACAAAGACAUCCAUGAUAAUAAUGUAGAUGUUCUAAAUAAAAUUCCAGACAGUGUUUCCCAUUUAAAUACAGAUUUAGAACAAAGUUGUGAUAAUACUGUAAAUGUAAGUGUAGCUGCCGAAAGUUCUUCUGCAACUGUGCAUGAACGUCAGCCUUGUGUACCUAGUAUCAGUGUUAUAUCUGCUGAUCAGAAAGAGAAUACAAGCUCCAUCAGCACAGCAGAAGCCUCCAAGUCAGAGCCUGAACAUACAGAUUCAGAUUCUGGGAUGGGUUCUACAAAUGACAGUGGGAGCAUGGACUUGAAUUUGUCUAUAUCUAGUUUCCUCAGUAAAGGCAAAGAAUCUGGAUCAUUAUCAGUACAGGACAAUAGAAGACAGAAGAAAACUUUGAAAAAAACACGUAAAUUUAUAGUUGAUGGGGUCGAAGUCAGUGUUACUACGUCAAAAAUAGUUACAGAUAACGAUUCCAAGAGUGAAGAGAUGCGUUUCCUACGGCGACAAGAGCUACGUGAAUUGCGACUUUUACAGAAAGAGGAGCAGAGAGCACAGCAGCUUCUUAGCAACAAAUUACUGCAGCAGAGGGAACAGAUAUUCAAGCGCUUUGAACAGGAGAUGACGAGCAAGAAACGUCAGUAUGAUCAAGAUAUUGAAAACCUGGAAAAGCAGCAGAAGCAGACCAUUGAACGGUUAGAGCAAGAGCAUACAACCCGCCUGAGAGAUGAAGCCAAGCGUAUAAAGGGAGAACAGGAUAAGGAAUACUCCAAAUUUCAAAACGUGUUAAAAAAUCGAAAAAAAGAGGUCAUUAAUGAAGUGGAAAAAGCGGCUAAAGAGCUGAGAAAGGAGCUCAUGAAACGCAAGAAAGAGGAGCUAGCACAAAGCCAGCACGCUCAGGAGCAAGAGUUUGUACAAAAGCAACAGCAGGAGCUGGAUGGUUCUUUGAAGAAGAUAAUCCAUCAGCAAAAGACUGAGCUUGCCAACAUUGAGAGAGAUUGCUUAAAUCACAAGCAGCAACUCAUGAGAGCACGUGAAGCUGCCAUCUGGGAGCUGGAAGAACGCCACCUACAGGAGAAGCACCAGUUAUUGAAGCAGCAGCUGAAGGACCAGUACUUCAUGCAAAGGCACCAGUUACUGAAGAGACAUGAGAAGGAAAUGGAGCAGAUGCAAAGGUAUAAUCAGCGACUGAUAGAAGAACUGAAGAACAGACAAACUCAGGAGCGGGCCCGAUUACCUAAAAUUCAGCGCAGCGAUGCAAAAACCCGUAUGGCCAUGUUUAAGAAAAGCUUAAGGAUUAAUUCCUCUGGCUCACCAGAACAGGACAGAGAGAAAAUUAAACAGUUUGGCCUUCAAGAGGAUAAAAGACAGAAGAAUGAAAGGUUAGCUCAGCAUCAAAAGCAUGAAAACCAGAUGCGGGACUUGCAGCUUCAGUGCGAUGCCAAUGUCCGAGAACUUCAGCAGUUGCAGAAUGAAAAAUGUCAUUUGUUAAUUGAGCAUGAAACCCAAAAACUGAAAGAAUUAGAUGAAGAGCAUGCUGUGGAGCUGAAGGAGUGGAGAGAGAAACUGAGGCCACGUAAAAAGGCACUGGAAGAAGAGUUUGCUAGAAAACUGCAGGAGCAAGAAGUCUUUUUUAAAAUGAGCGGAGAAUCCGAAUGCCUUAACCCUACAACACAAAGCCGCAUCUCAAAGUUUUAUCCUAUUCCCAGCAUGCACUCCACCAGCUCCUAACUGCUGAGUUUGACAGCUCUAGGUUUUAAUAUACUUUAUCUCAAAGAUAUACCACUUUUGCAGCAUUUUAGAAAAGCAUGAAUAGUUUUAAAUUUUUUUUUUUUUUGGUAAGGUCAAUUUUGAGACUUUUUUUUUUCUUUUUUAAUUUUUUUGUAUUGUUAAAAGCUAAAUGGAUUGGGUUUUUUUGUAGUAUAUUCUGUAAACUGAAAUUCCCAAAACAAUAUAAAUAUAUAUGUCUAUAACCUCUGAGUUUUUGAUAAUCCUAAAAAAUCUGGCCUGUUUCUGUAAUGUUUGGAAUGAGACAGCUCUUUUUGAUACCACGUUAAUCAGCAAGAAGUCUUGGAAUUUCAUACAACUCCAUAUCUUGAAAAGGCAUUGCACUGCAUGAAAAUAUAUACUGUCAUCGGUGGCUUUUUUGGACCGUGGUUAGUAAAUGUAAGCCCUUGUUUUACCAUUAGAUAAGGUUAUCUGCCAUACAUACUGCUGACCAUGUCCCUGGUCCAUGGAUCAUGUGUAGUUCUGGUUAUUACUGUUGAGUAGCCAAUAGGGAUCACUUCUAGUCUUCUAUAGGUGGCACUUCCUGUUCUCAGUCAGUGCUCUUUGGUUUGGGAAUAUGGUUUUGGGAACAUGGUGCUUUCCAUCACUUGUAAUGGGAAGUAACCCUUUGCAGUCCAUUGCCUGUAGAUUGCUGCCGGUACAGAUGACCAGAAAUAUGUGUUAUAAUCCUAACAGCAUUAGGCAGAAUAUGCACAAGCUGGUAAUGUUCUUGAGCAAACUGAGCAACAUGUACCCAUGCGUACGGCUUGAAUAGGAUUGUGCAUAGUCUGAUGAGACAUGUUGGCAACCCAUUUGGCUGCUUAUCCUUAUUGGCCAUAUGGCUGGUUAUAUAAUUUGAGCAACUUCCUAACAGUUGAAUCAGCCAUUGUACAGACCAGUAUGGCUAACCCUGUGUGCAACCCCUUUGGGCAGAUGUGUAUGCCUUGCACUCCAGACUGACAUAGAGAUCCAUGUGACAGUCAAAAUUCAAGGUUAAUGCCCAUUAAGUGCAUAGUGGGAAGACUGGAAGUUGAAUUCUGAUGAUGCAGCAAAUAAUAUAUCACCAUUGGAAACCUAUUUUCAUAUUUUCUGCUGCUCCGGUGCUUUUAUUUUGCCUUUGAACGCACAAAGACUUUCACCAGUGUUUGUACCCCGUGCAUCUCUUCCCCUUCUACCAACUCCAGCCCAUCAACUAAACUUGCCUUCUGCUGCCACCAUAGUUUUCUUUUAGGUUUAAUUAUUUGCACUAAAAGGUUUAAAUAAAAUGCACACUAAAAUACAUGUUACUUUUGGAUUAAAGGUGACGGUUACCCCCUGCACUCCAGCUGUGCCAGGACUCCCAGCAUCCUCUGUGGUGCCUGCUAGUUUAUGCUUCGUUACUGUAUUUUUUUAAAAGUUGCAGUGAGUGAAACGGUUAAACCCCAUAUACUGUAUACACGUUCAUCGAUGAUCUCUGUUGUGGCUGCCAUGAGUAUUUUAUUUUCCUGAAGAAAUAUCUCUUCAUAUCAAAUAGUAAGCUGUUAUUUUGUGCUGUUCUUUCUCUUUCUGAUUUGCUGCCUUGGGAAUGCGAGGGAACGUACUUUCCCUUUAUUGCAGUCUCUAUUUGUGUUACUGUAUGUGCUGCAUGUACAGUAUAGCUUGUAUCUUACAUAUUUCGCAUUCAGCGGCAUCAACAGACAUAUGGUAGAUCUGAUAGAAUGUUGCAUCAAGAAGAAAUAAAAUGAAGUUUGCACCUUUUUUUAACCAGCAAAAUGUUGUUUUAUCCAGACAGUAUUACUGGCAUUCUUUGUGUCUAAAGAAAUGUAUUUUUUGCCUUUUUUACAUUUUUAAAAUAACUGCAGUUCUAGCAGCAGAGAGAUGGGUUUGCAGUUCUGACAGUGAGAAAACAGUCCCAUACAGAAUCGAAUAGUUGUUAGUUAGUGUACUCCCCUCACUAUGAAAUAAGUGGGAUCUUCCAUCGAACCCCAUGAUAUAUAUGUAUGCAAAUAAUAUUUGCAUUGGUAACGCAUAGCACCAAGCAAAAGGCAAUAUUUACUUGUCAUCUUCAGAAUUUUGAUUGGUUGUUAUGGGUUACACAUAAUGCAUUACCCCUUUUUUUUUUUUUUUUUUUUUUUUUUUUUUAAUUUCUCCAGCGCUUUGUUAAAGUUGUUAUAUUAAUACAGUCUCCCCCCACCCCAGAUGUCCUUGUCUGUAUUCUCCAUUCUCUCAAAUAAACUCCUAUAUUUUUUCCCUUAGAAUUCCCUAAUUUAUUUAAAUGGUUAACAACUGAAAUGUGCAGUUGUGGGUCCUGGGCCGGAUUUAGGGCAAAGCCACUUGGUUAUUGGUCCUCAUUGGCCAGAACAUGUCACCGGUCUAAGUAGAAAUGACAUGUCAUCAUUGCAUUCUGUAGCAGUUAUUGCAUCAAGGGAUGGCUGACCUGUGGCCUCCAACUGCAACUACCAGCAGCCCACCAGCAGCUGGAGGAUCACUAGAUGGUUGGGUAUCGCUGAUUUACAUUUUAGAGUUUUUAUUUCUUGAAUUAGGGCCCCAGCAUUCCUUUUUUUGACCAGGACUCCUCUAAUACCGUCCCUGCUCAAUACCUUUCUCAAAGUGUCAAAAAAGCACAACCUGUUUGUAAAAACACUCCAUGGCUUUCUGUAAAGUUCAUAAUUUUAAUGUAAAUAAACCAUUCUAUUAUCAUAA